AUUUAAAAAAUGACUAAAAACAAAAAGAAAAGAAAAUUCAAAGAAUUAAGCUUAAUUGAGGAAAGCGAAGAAGCCAAGCUGGAAGCAGCUGGGACCAGCAAACCUUCGAGGUUCAGAAAUAAGGUUUUUGCUGUCCUUCAAAGCUUUCGCAAAAAGUUGGUUUCUGUUUUCUCUCCAAAGAAGGCGCGCAAUGUAAGCGUAGAAAGCAGUGUGGAGAAAUCGCCGGAGAAGCAGAAUACAGAACCAAAAAGAAAGAGAAAAGCUGAGGAACUCAGCAAAGAAGAGACUGAAUCAAAGAAGAGAAGAGUUGAAUUGGAACUUCAGGCUCAAUCCAGCGAUGAUAUUGUGCAGGCUGAGCAGAAACAGGGAGAAAAGCGCAGCCGAUCAGAAGACGAGGAUUCUGGAUUAGAAAGAGCGAAACGAUUCAAAGGUGAAAAGGAAGAGAGUGGACCAAGUGGAAUUGCCACACCUGUGACACUCGACAGGUUCCUUUUCUAUAAAGACCUUGGAGCAGGCUCCUUUGGAAUGGUUAGACUAGCAAAGGACAAAGUCACAGCUGAAAUGGUGGCUGUGAAAAUGAUAAACAAGGUCGGGGCACAUUUACAAUCUGUGAUGAGCGAGAGAAGGAUAUUAGAGGUUGCAAAGGAGUGCCCCUUCCUCGUGCAUGGCAAAGCUGCCUUUCAGACUAAGAACAACAUCUAUAUGGUGAUGGAUUACAUCAACGGAGGGACCUUAUCAAACCUCAUAAAUACAGAAGCACCCCUUGAUGAAAUCAGCGCACAGAUCUUAACUGCUGAAAUAGUGUGCGGACUGACCUUUCUCCAUUCCCGUGGCAUUGUUCAUCGGCAAGUGACAUUAUUUUGUGAUAUUACCCUUUAUUCUAGGUUCAUAUCAUCUAACAGGCAUAUCUUACAUUGCUUUUUACAGGGACCUGAAACCAGCGAACAUUCUGAUAGACAGUGCCGGCCGCAUCAGGAUUGCUGAUUUUGGUCUGGCAGUAGAGAAUGUGUUUGGGGACCAAACGGCCACAGACUUUGCUGGUACCCCUGGGUACAUGGCACCUGAGGCUCGUUUUUGGAUAAGUUAUGAUUCCUGUGUGGACUACUGGUCACUUGGAGUGAUUCUUCAUGAGAUGCUCACUGGGAGGAAACCCACCUUCUCCUGGUGGAUGACCCUACAAUGUCCAGAGAACCUUAGCCCCGAGGCAAAGGACAUGCUCAUGAAUCUCUUGUGUUACUUUCCACCCAAAAGACGGAACUUUGUUCGUAACAUAAGACAACACCCCUUUUUCAAGAUGAUUGACUGGCAGGCCCUAGAAGCUAGGGAAAUUCAGCCGCCUUUUUUACCAGGGCCAGAAGAAUUAUCUGGACCAUGCUAUGAGAUAGCCCUACACCCUGAAGAACUAAUUGUAAAGCCUUUAAAUGAUUUAGAAGGACUAUCAUUUGUGUGCAAGCAGUGGCAGCACAUCCCACCACGUAGCCUCAACCAACCCAGAAAAAUUAAGAAGAGACCACGGAGGAGGAAGACGAAGGCGUAACAUAGUAAUUACCGUAUAUACUCAAGUAUAAGCCGAGUUUUUCAGCACUAAAAAUGUGCUCAAAAAGUAACCCUCGGCUUAUACUCAAGUAUAUAUAAGUUUGCAUUUGUCCCAAGUCGCUGCUCCUUGCUCGCAAAACACCCCCCCCCCCAGACAGACGCGUGUCCGUGUGAAACUGCAUGGGCGCUUUUAGAGUAUAUACGGUAACUUGCACCACCCCAGUGCGAGUCGCGACGUGUGUCCGUAUGUACUGGGGCGGCAUGCUGGGGUGGCAUGCUGGGGCGGAGCAUGGGGAGAGCGGUGCACCGGGAAUAGGAAUCCAAGACUCUUGCACUGCGCGCUACGCGAUGCCAUGGCAAUGCACCGGAGCGUGACUUUACGACACGGAAGUGACCGGGACUUGUUGGGCCGCUCGCUGCCUCACACACCUUGCGUGUAGUCAUACUGUGUAUGACUAGUGCAGAAAUGGGCAACCUUUGGCAUUUCAGCUGGUGAGGAAAUACAGUCCCCUAAAUAGACAUGGUUUGAAUUCCACGAUAGCUGAAAUACCUAUGCCUGAGUGUCCUUUUAUUAAAUAAUUUGAUUAUUGAAACUUAGCAGUAGCGGCUGCAUUUCCCACCCUAGGCUUAUA